AUGGAUCACGCGGAGGAGCAGGCGAUGGAAAUAGAGGCCCUCCAGGCCAUCUUGAUGGACGACCUGUCAGAGUACGACGGCCGCAGACCGGACGGCUGGCCGGAGGAGGCGCAGAUGUGGACGACGGUCGUCACGCCGCUGGAGGACGGGCGGGAUCGUGACGAGGCGCCCGCCCUGCUUCAGAUCGUGUUUGCGUACACUGAGAGGUACCCGGAGGAGGCGCCGCUGCUGCGGCUGAUGUCCGCGAAGUCGCUUUCGGACGCGAAGAUCCGGGAGGCCACGGCGGUGGCGGAGGAGGUUGUGGGGCGGUCGCUAGGCAUGGCGAUGAUCUACGAGGUGAUCACGGCGUGCAAGGACUGGCUGGUGGCGGCGACGGGCGCGGACGAGGUGGAGGAGAGCGAGGAGCAGCGGAAGGCGCGCGAGGAGGAGGAGGAGCAGAAGCGGAGGGAGGAAGUUCGGCGACACGGGACUCCGGUGACGGCGGAGACGUUCGCGAAGUGGAAGGAGGCGUACGACGCGGAGAAGGCGCUGGAGCGCGCGAAGCUGAUGGACACGAAGGCCGCGGCGGAGAAGGCGCGGCGUCUGACUGGGCGCAAGUACUUUGAGACAGUGCACAACAAGGAGGGGGAGGGCGAGGGCGGGGAGGGCGAGGAGGAGGGCUCCGAGGGGGACUACGACGUCGACGAGGACGAAAUGCUCGACGACUACCUCGCGGAGGACUCGGACAGCGAAGAGGGGGGGGAGUGA